AUGUACAGGCAGGAGCCAAGGUGCUUCCUCCAGCAGACCGCUGAUAUUGGUGAAGAACUGAUGGCCUCCCUACUAGAGGAAUAUGCCAACCAGAAGAAGCCAACCAACAGAGAAAUUUAUCACAAGAUCCGGCAGUAUAAGGGUGAGGGCCUUCAAUCAGCUACUGUCAAUUCCUGGCCUUUGGCCAAAUGGGAUGCAAAUCAGCAUGCUUCAUUGGUUGAUCACCACUGGCUGUAUUGA